CAUCCCUUGCCUUCCCGACUGGUCGGCACAGGAGCUACCGAGCUACUGAAAACACAGAAAAAGAACGUACAUUACCUAACCCAAUCCUGUAGCAAAACAAGCAGGCAUGCCUCUUCUUGUCGUGCAGCCCAUCCCCAUUUCGAGCGUUCCUGAUGCUUGCGGUAGCACACCGCCUCCUGCCGCCGCCGCGGCACACGACGACGACGACGGCAUCCUAUUCGACGAUCUCGUGCUCGGUGGUGGCAGUGACGACAAGACGGACGCCGACGCCGACGACCCGACGGGCAAGCUCGCGUGGCUCAGGUCGCAGGUCAUCGGCGCGGAGGCGGAGUUCGCGUCGCCGUUCGGGACCCGCCGCGUCACCUACGCCGAUCACACCGCGUCUGGCCGCUGCCUGCGGUUCGUCGAGGAGUUCGUGCAGCGCAACGUUCUCCCCUACUACGGCAACACGCAUACGAUGGAUAGCUACGUGGGAUUGCACACGAGCAAGCUGGCCAUGGAUGCGGCGAAGUACGUCAAGCGCAGCCUGGGAGCCGGGCCGGAGGACGUGCUGCUCUUCUGCGGCACGGGGUGCACUGCCGCCAUCAAGCGGCUCCAGGAGGUGACGGGCAUGGCCGUGCCUCCGACGCUGCGCUCCGUGGCGCUGGAUGUCCUGCCGACGUCGGAGCGGUGGGUCGUCUUCGUGGGGCCGUACGAGCACCACUCCAACCUGCUCACGUGGCGGGAGAGCCUCGCGGAGGUGGUGGAGAUCGGGCUGCGGCCGGACGACGGCCACCUUGACCUGGACGCCCUGGAGGCGGCUCUUGCGGCGCCGGAGCGCGCCGGCCGGCCCUUGCUCGGCUCCUUCUCGGCGUGCAGCAACGUCACCGGCAUCCGCACCGACACGCGCGCCGUGGCGCGUCUGCUGCACAGCUACGGCGCGUACGCCUGCUUCGACUUCGCGUGCAGCGCGCCCUACGUCGGCAUCGACAUGCGGUCCGCCGAGGAGGACGGGUAUGACGCCGUGUACCUGAGCCCGCACAAGUUCCUUGGGGGACCCGGAAGCCCCGGCGUCCUGGCGAUGGCCAAGCGUCUCUAUCGCCUCCGCCGCACCGCGCCGUCCACCAGCGGCGGGGGCACCGUCGUAUACGUCAGCGCCUACGGCGACACGGUGUACUGCGAGGACACGGAGGAGCGAGAGGACGCUGGCACGCCGGCGAUCAUACAGAAGGUCCGGGCAGCGCUGGCGUUCCGGGUGAAGGAGUGGGUCGGCGAGGCGUGCAUCGAGGCGCGCGAGGAUCAGCUGCUCGCUCUUGCUCUCAGCCGGAUGCAAGCGUCGGCCAACCCAAACCUGCGCCUGCUGCUCGGCGGCGAUCGGCCCAGCAGCGGGCGCUGUCUCCCCGUGCUCUCCUUCGUGGUGCACCCACCAAGCGACUGCACCGAGCAAGAACGCGGCGCCGGCGCCGUAAGACCGCAGCUGCACUGCCGGUUCGUGACGAAGCUGCUCAACGACCUGUUCGGCGUGCAGGCGCGCGGGGGCUGCUCCUGCGCGGGGCCCUACGGCCACCGCCUCCUGGGGAUCACGCCGGCGCGUGCCAAGGCCAUCAAAUCCGCCGUGGAAAUGGGCUACCACGGCGUGCGCCCCGGGUGGACCCGCGUCAGCCUGGCCUACUACACGUCGACGCAGGAGGCGGAGUUCGUGCUGGACGCCAUCGACUUCGUCGCCAGUUUCGGCCACCGGUUCCUGCCGCUCUACGCCUUCGACUGGGAAACCGGGGACUGGGAGUACAACCACAGCCUCGUUCGUGUCCUGCCGAACAACGCCACCAGCAAUGCUGCUGCUGCUGCUGCUGCUGCUGCUGCUGCCGCUUCUAGUGGACGGGUCAAAACAGAGGACGAGUACCAGAGCUACAUGGCAUUUGCGCGGAGCCUCGCCGACUCCUUGGCCGCUUCUGUGGAUAACGCUCCUUCUAGACACGUUCCCAAGGGCAUCGAUCCACAGCUGCUUUACUUCCCCAUGUGAGACACCGUAAAGUUGGAU